AUGGACGCCAUUGGUGGCAUUUGCAGUUGGUUAUCAGGGUCCGGAGAACUGUUCUGGGUGUCUGGAAAACCUGGUUCUGGCAAGUCGACCUUUAUAAAAUUCAUUGCCGACAAUACCACCACUCAAAAGCUGUUGACCCAGUGGUCUAAGGGCCAAGAGGUCAUUCUGGCAGCACAUUACUUCACAAUCUACGGUACUCCAAUCCAGCGGUCUUUGGAGGGCUUGUUUCGGUCCCUUAUUUACAAGAUCCUAUCCCAAGAACCGACUCUCAUUCGAAAGGUGUUGCCACAGCGGUACAAGAACGAGAAGAUUCAGGAACCUUGGAAGCAAUCCGAACUUCAAUCUGUCCUGAAGAAGCUUGCUCGAGAACUUGUGCAUUCCAGACUCUGCUUCUUCAUAGACGGCCUGGAUGAAUAUGCAGGAGAUCAUUUGGAUAUCUGCGAGACCCUCCAAGACCUCUCCCGCUCACCAUGUGUCAAGCUUUGUGUUUCCAGCCGACCGUGGAACGUUUUCGAGAAUGCGCUGGGAGGGGACACAGACUCGAAGCUGUACAUACAGGAUGUCACCCGAACCGACAUACAACAAUAUAUGAAGACCAUGCUACGCUCUCACCCUUGUUGGGACAGCCUUGUCUCCGAGGCCGGCAGCGACAAAGCAGACUCCCUGGUUCAGCAGAUCAUCGACAAAUCAAGCGGGGUGUUUCUUUGGGUGACGCUUGUGACUAGGCUUCUCCGCGAGGGCCUUACCAACGACGACAGUAUUCAAGAUCUGAAUAGACGUUUUGAAAGCUUUCCUAGCGAGUUGGAACCGUUUUUCAGGCUCAUACUUGACUCGGUAGACCCUUUCUACCGAGAUCGAAUGGCGAGAGCACUUCUUUUUUCUUUGCAUGCGCAAAAGUCCCUUCAUAUACAGAUGUACAUGUUCCACGACAGAGAGUACGAGGAAGAAGAUUAUGCCCUCGGCGAGCCAGAGAGGUUGAUAGCUACCCUACAGCAACGAACAUCUCAGGCAGCCCGUGUCUUUCGGCGUGAACGGCUGGUGUAA